CAAUCAAAAAUAUUUCGUAUCUCUUAAAAUAAUAAUUAUAUUACACGAUUAUUUUUUUGGCGUUCAUAAAGGCACAUGUUGUAUUAUCACACAGACGUUUUGGAAGUUAAGUGAAGGACCAUUUAAACUCCAUCAAUAUGUUUUGGUCCAAGUUAAAGUGGAAGUGUAUAUUGUUUAGUUAUAUAAUCUUAUUGAAUGAUUUAACAGAAUCAUUGCCUGCUAAUAAAAAAUCGACUUUUUUAAAUUCUGACAUAGAAUUAGAAAAUGUUAGAACUGACUACACUGCAAAACUGGCUGAAGACUUAUUUGAAAAUAAUGGUGAUAACUUGGAUGGCACUAAAAAUGUGGCUGUGAACGCAAGUCAAAGUACUUUAAUCAGAAAUAAUAGACCUGGCCAAACAGUACGUUCGUAUGCAGUAGAAAUAACAGUCGAUGGAAACUCAUUCAAAGGACAAGCUGUACUAGAUGUUAUGUUAUCACCAGCAACUAGAGAAGAUUCAAUCAUCCUGCAUGCUGAGGAUUUAAAUAUAAAUUCUGUAAAAGCAGGAGUUCUAGGUGGCUCAAACAUCAAUGAAGCCGUCUUCUCAUAUAAUAGAAGAACACUUGAAAUCCAUCCAAUUACACCAGCAGCGAGUUUAUAUUCUAUUAUUAUAGAGUACACUGGACAGUUAUCAAACACAGGACAUGGCCUUUAUUUGGGAGGAAGCCACCAAAAUACCUACGUGGCAAUGAAUUUACAUCCGACGUACGCGAGACGCGUGUUCCCGUGUAUGGACGAGCCGACAGAAGAAUCAAUAAUCUCCUUCUCAUUCAAAGGCCUGCACUACACUCAUCUGAUAUCUAACUCUAUGCUGGUACAAAAUAGCCAAACCGACUUCCGUCCGUUGAGUGGUCCACCCCACCUUUGGGGCAUGGUUGCUCACAAUUUUGUAAAUAUCAACACACCGACUGCCAACGUUAUGCUAUUUUCAAGACGUGGUCUAUUUAACCAAGUUUCACAAGCCUCCAUAGCUAUAAACUUUUAUUUCAAUCAUUUGAAUGAAUGGACUCAAAAGCCUUACUUUGAAGUGGUAAGCGAUCAAAAUGGCCGAAUGAACAUAAUAGUGUUACCUGACGUAUCCACAGAUUGGAACUCGCUUUCUACAGUCGGUAUUUGGGAGCCGUACGUAUUCAUGGAACAAGCCCAUGCAGUUAAACAGAGGGUCGUGGCCCUGAGAAAAAUAGCGGAGGCUAUGGCAAGGCAGUGGUUCGGAUAUGUAAUCUACCCGGAGAACUGGAGGUACGAAUGGGUCGUCGCAGGAUUCACCACAUAUUCGGCGUAUGAAAUGAUGAGAGAAUACCAUCGUGACCAUAUUGCCACUGAUAUCAAUUUCCUCGACGUCAAUACAUUAUUUGUAACUGAAAUCAUACAAGAAAGUUUGCUGCGUGAUGCCUACAUCAACUCAAAUCCUUUGGAACCCGUAGACAAUCUUUUUGACGAAGAUGCCAUACGGGACCAUAUAAAUGGGCUCAUCAAGUUAAAGAGCGCUGCGAUCAUGAGAAUGACCAGGCUUGUGCUCGGUGAUGCCAAUAAAGAUUUCAUCCAAAUAGCUGCAAGAUCUCUCCUUAAAAUGCGAGCUCUAGGAACUGUGAAUACAUUGACUUUCGUUGACGGAAUAAACAGUGAAUUAGUGGGAAAUAAUAAUGGCGUAAUUAAUAACUUUGGUGCCUACUUAAAACCAUGGGUAGAAAACGCCGGGUAUCCAGUUUUAAGAGUGAUUUUUAUAACUGGUAGAGUUUGGCUGGUACAGAUACCAUUCGGUUUCACUCAUAAAGAGCCCAGUAACUAUAUCCUACCAGUAACCUACACUACGAGCGUUGAAAAGAACUUCGAGGACAUUCAUCCACAACUUAUUGUAGAUGGUAAUCAAAACUUAAACUUAUUCUUAGGGGAGGAAGAUUGGAUCCUCUUCAAUAUUCAAGGGCAAGGAUAUUAUCGUGUAAACUAUGAUACUGUGCUUUGGGAAAGGAUCAUUAAAGCCCUCGAAGACCCUGAGAGGAGGAUAGAAAUCCAUCCCCUGAAUCGUGCUACACUUGUCGAUGAUGCUCUUAACUUGGCCAGAGCCGGACAUAUUGGUUAUGAAACAGCACUUAGAAUAGUUUUAUCCAUGGAACAUGAAACUGAAUAUGCCGUGUGGAAGGCUUUUGUCAGAAAUAUGAAUUACUUGAGGAAACGAUUAGAAGCUUAUGUUUUUGGCGAUGAAGAUUUGGAUAGAGAUAUUUAUUUGAGAAUGAUACGUAGUACAAUAUCAGCGUUCGAAAGACAAAUCACAUUUUAUCCCGAUAUGUCUAAAAGAGAGCCAUUGAUGACCUCGCUGACUCGAAGUCUGGUAAUGGACCACGCUUGUAGAGCUGGGUACCGACCUUGUAUCGCUGCAGCGGUCGACUGGUUCUAUGACCCUAACAAUAACGAAGUAGUAAACCCUAACAUUCCAUACGAUAUCAGACCAGCAAUAUACUGUACUAUGGUAAGGGAAGGAGGCGAAGAGGUCAUACAAGCGUUAUACAACAGGCUGGAAAUCGAACCGACCCAUUACGAGAGGGUCGUCAUUUUGGAGUCUCUAGGAUGUUCGAAUGAUCCUGAUUUCAUUAAUGGGCUACUGAUGCAAACUAUAGCAGCAAAUAGUCCUUACGUUGUAGAAGAAAGAGUGAAGAUUUUCGCUGCGGUAGCAGAAAGUAGUUACACGAAUGCACAUCUAGCUCUUAAUUUCAUGAAAUUAAGGGUCAAUGAUAUCAGAAAUAUGUAUGGUGUAAACAAUCUGGAACAGUCAAUAUUCGUUCUCGCGGAAAAUAUGGCGGACAGUGAUUUAACUAGACAAUUUGGAAUCUGGGUGAACAGUCCGGACAAUGGUCUGGGUAACUCACAAAUGGCUGCUGAGCGUGCAGUUGCAUAUGUGCAUGAGAACCUACAGUGGGGAGAGCAAAAUAUAGAUUACGUGUAUGAAUCCAUUUCUCACGUCGAUCCUGAGGAUUAUGUCGAUCCAGUCGACCCUGUCGAUCCUAUCGAUCCAGUCGACCCUGUCGAUCCCGUCGAUCCAGUUGACCCUGUCGAUCCUGUCGAUCCAGUCGACCCUGUAGAUCCAGUCGAUCCAGUUGACCCUUUAGAUCCUGUCGAUCCCGUUGAUCCAGUCGACCCUGUAGAUCCCGUUGAUCCUGUCGAUCCCGUCGACCCCGUGGACCCUAUCGAUCCCGUUGAUCCUGUCGAUCCAGUCGACCCUGUAGAUCCCGUUGAUCCAGUAGAUCCAGUCGACCCUGUAGAUCCCGUUGACCCUGUCGAUCCUGUCGACCCUGUAGAUCCCGUUGAUCCUGUAGAUCCUGUCGAUCCAGUCGACCCUGUAGACCCCGUCGAUCCAGUUGACCCUGUAGAUCCUGUUGAUCCUGUCGAUCCCGUCGAUCCAGUCGACCCUGUAGAUCCCAUCGAUCCAGUUGACCCUGUAGAUCCUGUAGAUCCUGUAGAUCCCGUUGAUCCUGUCGAUCCAGUUGACCCUGUAGAUCCUGUUGAUCCUGUCGAUCCCGUCGAUCCAGUCGACCCUGUAGAUCCCAUCGAUCCAGUUGACCCUGUAGAUCCUGUAGACCCUGUCGAUCCCGUCGACCCUGUAGAUCCAGUUGACCCUGUAGAUCCUAUAGAUCCUGUGGACCCCGUGGAUCCUGUAGACCCUGUAGAUCCUAUCGACCCCGUGGAACCUGUCGAUCCCGUCGAUCCAGUUGACCCUGUAGAUCCCGUUGAUCCUAUCGAUCCCGUAGAUCCAGUCGACCCUGUAGAUCCCGUUGAUCCUGUCGAUCCAGUCGACCCUGUAGAUCCCGUUGAUCCUGUCGAUCCCGUCGAUCCAGUUGACCCUGUAGAUCCCGUUGAUCCUAUCGAUCCCGUAGAUCCAGUCGACCCUGUAGAUCCCGUUGAUCCUGUCGAUCCCGUCGACCCUGUAGAUCCCGUUGAUCCAGUCGAUCCCGUCGACCCUGUCGAUCCCGUCGACCCUGUAGACCCUGUAGAUCCAGUCGACCCUGUAGAUCCUGUAGAUCCCGUAGACCCCGUGGAUCCUGUAGACCCUGUAGAUCCUAUCGACCCUGUGGACCCUGUCGAUCCACUUGACCCUAUAGAUCCCGUUGAUCCUGUCGAUCCCGUCGAUCCAGUCGACCCUGUAGAUCCCGUCGAUCCAGUUGACCCUGUCGAUCCCGUUGAUCCUGUCGAUCCAGUCGACCCUGUAGAUCCCCUCGAUCCCAUCGACCCUGUAGAUCCUGUAGACCCUGUUGAUCCCGUCGACCCUGUAGACCCUGUAGAUCCAGUCGACCCUGUAGAUCCUGUAGAUCCCGUAGACCCCGUGGAUCCUGUAGACCCUGUAGAUCCUAUCGACCCUGUGGACCCUGUCGAUCCCGUCGAUCCAGUCGACCCUGUAGAUCCCGUCGAUCCCGUCGACCCUGUAGAUCCCAUAGACCCUGUUGAUCCCGUCGACCCUGUAGACCCUGUAGAUCCAGUCGACCCUGUAGAUCCUGUAGAUCCCGUAGACCCCGUGGAUCCUGUAGACCCUGUAGAUCCUAUCGACCCUGUGGACCCUGUCGAUCCCGUCGAUCCAGUUGACCCUGUAGAUCCCGUUGAUCCUGUCGACCCUGUAGAUCCUGUUGACCCUGUCGAUCAUGCCGAACCGGCUGAAAACCACACGUCCAAGCUAGUUUCGUCACUAAUAUCUCUCUGUAUACCUAUCAUGGCGGCUAUGCUCAUUAGUUAACAUUAAUGUCUAGUUCAGUAUAUUUAAAUUUGCAAAUAUGUAUCGGCUUUUAUAAAAGUCGUUCCAGUGAUAGAUACAAAAAUAUCUAUAGAGACGCCAAAUUAACUUCUUUUUAGAUAGGUAAUUUAUUUAAUUGAAAUUUAUUAACUUGUGAUUAAUGAUGUGGUCUGCAUGUGGUACAAGAUAUUGUUCUAAGAUAUGUAGGUUGAUGUAAUACGUGGUUUUUCCCUCUAAUAUUAACUUUAUCUUUUAUACAGGAUGUCCGGUAAAGAAUGGAUAACCUUGAAAUGCCUUUUAGUAUAUCCUUUGGCCAUUCAGAAAAACAACGAAAAGGAAAGUUUCAUAGGUAGUACCUAAAUUAUUAUGUCUGGAAGUAAAAGAACUGGGGCUAGUGGUAAUACAAAAUGAACCUUUAACAUUUGCGUUCAUUACAUUACUGCAUAACCAUGAUGAUUAAACAUUAUUUUAAAAAAAAAUUCUGCACGAUUUGUCUAU